AUGAAUUUCGUAAAAUCUUCUGGUACAAGACUAAACUGGAACAAAACCCUAAAAAUUAUAAGGGGAGCAGCACGUGCAAUACAAGAGCUGCAUAGUCAUUCACCUCCACUCGUCUAUCGCGAUUUAAAGCUCGACAAUAUUUUAUUGGAUAAGAAUUUUACCCCUAUACUGGCUGAUUUUGGGGCAGUCACACCUGAGGGAGAAACUUUGAGACUUGGUACCUCUGGUUACACGGAUCCAUCAAUUAUGAACAAUGGAGCUGGAAGCAGAGCGAAUGACAUAUACAGCUUGGGAGUGAUGAUACUGCAGCUAAUUAUGAAGGAAAAGAUAGUUUCAUUUCCAGGCUGCAGCGUGACUUGGCAUAUUGCUGAUCUGGCAAGCAGAGUCCACUCUAGCAAAGGACAUGCUGUUCAUCCAAAAUUAACAACCACUGGCUGCUCCAAAUUGGCUGCAAUUGCUAUUACACAGCUUGGAUUGGACUGUCUCCAUCCUAAAAUGUCUCAUCGUCCCAAUAUUACUCAAGUCCUAUCUAGAAUUCAAGAUUUAGAAAAAAACCGUGAGCAAGCAACCACAGUCCAUACAACCAGAAGAAGAAGGGAGGACAAACUAGCCAGGGAACCCACGAAUAAGACUAGAAGCUGUGCAGUGAGAAGCCUAAUAGAGGAGGAGGAUGACGUGAGUAAAAGCGCAACACUAGAAAGAUAUGAAAUGAAGAGUGAGGAAGAAGGAGCCAAUUCAAAAACCUUGGCAAAUGUCGAAAAAACUUACUUGAAAGAUGAAGGAAUGGUCGAGAAACUAGAAAAGCUGAAAGAAGAACUACCAGCCGAGCUAAAGAGCCAAGCAGGAGCACAUACAAGUCUGAGAAUGUCUUCCCUGUUCGUGGCCUGCAUUCAAGAAGAAACCAUCUCUAAAAAAUUUUUGAUGUUAACCAUGGGAGCAUACAAUAGUGCAGAAAACCUCAGAGACCAUGUAAUUAAUGACAAGACUUUUAUGGAGCUGCAAACCCACUCUGAUGCCUUACUCUGCAAGGUAUUCCCAACUACUCUAACUGGGGUAGCUUUGACCUAG